GCUCAGAGUUUGAUUCUCAUAUUGUCUUACUUGCAACUGCAGGUGCCUCGCUUCUCACGAAAUACACCAACCGCCCCUACAACUACUAGUAUUUAUCUAGACGCCCCUACAACUAGUACUUGAUACUCUUCAACACACAUCAGCUUCGCAGGAUUUAUUGCGCCUUUGCUCCUUUACUACACUCUUCACCUUCAAAUCCCUUUCUUGAAGAAAGCAGGCGAAAACACAUAAUUAAGUACCUUCUAUAGUGGAAACAGUAACAGCAAUCGCAACUACUUUUUCUUUUCUUCCUCAAGACCACUGACUCCUUCACCACCUCUAUCCUGUCUACCGACUAUAUAUUUAUAUAUACGAACAAUCGACUUGAUCUUCAUCAUAUUGAUUUUAUUUUCUGCCGGUUUUUUCUUUGGAAAAAAAAAAAUGAAGGUCUUUUCGAAUGCUUUUCCCGUUGUUGGAGCUGCCUUUGCGCUCCGUUUUCUUCUGUUCCAGUGCAACCUGGACGGUGCCGUCGCUCUUCAUGCUCCAGCAGAUACGGGUGCUGGAAUGGCCCCAUUCUUGCGAGACGAAGAACUGGACUACCACGACGCGGAGGGAGAUGAACUCGGGGGGGUGA